GUAGGACACCCACGAAUCCAACUUGGGGUACAUAUCCAAUGGAUGGUUCUACAACCGUCGGCAGUACCAGGACAAUAACUUGUUCUUCUGACUAUGCUGUCAAUCCUUCUGCAACAACACAAACUAUCACAUGCCAAGCCGAUGGUACUUGGACAAUGCCUGGUGUGCCACCAUGUCUACGAGACUGUAAAACACCCGCGAAUCCAACUGGAGGAACAUAUCCAAUGGCUGGUUCUACAACCGUCGGCAGUGCCAAGACAAUAACUUGUUCUCCUGACUAUGCCGUCAAUCCUUCAGCAACAACACAAACUAUCAAAUGCCAAGCCGGUGGUACUUGGACAGUGCCUGGUGUGCCUCCAUGCCUACGAGACUGUGGAGUACCCACAAAUCCAACUGGAGGUAUAUAUCCAGCGGCUGGUGCUACAACCGAGGGCAGCACCAAGAGAAUAAGCUGUUCUGCUGGAUAUGCCGUCAAUCCUUCUGGAACAACUCCAACUAUCACAUGCCAAGCCGGUGGUAGCUGGACAGCACCUAGCAUACCUCCAUGUCUGCGUAAGUUCUGCCAAAAUAAUAUCAAUAUGACUUUGCAUCAUCCACCAUUGGCACAUGAUCAUACCCGAGUCUAG